AUGAGACAAGAUUUUGGGGGAACAAGCUAUCCACUUGUGCACCAGGGUUGCAUCAUUGAUAAAUUUACCCAUCUGAAACCUUCAUCUUUUGAGGGUGGUACCAAUUUGAUUAAGGCUGAGAUGUGGAUGCAAGAUAUGGAAAAAAUACUGGCAGUGUUGAAUUGUACUGAGGAUGAGAAGGUUCUCUUUGCCACCUUUAAACUGGCCAGAGAAGUUGAACGGUGGUGGCUUGCGAUGAAACUAUUGGAGGAACAGCGAGCGGUACCUAUAGAAAUGAGCUGGGGUUGCUUCAAGCAGGUCUUCUACGACCGAUAUUUUCGCGCCACCACUAGGAAUGCAAAGGCGGAAGAAUUUUUCAACUUGACUCAGGGACGCCUCACUGUUCAGCAGUAUGUUGCUAAAUUUCUACAACUAUCUUGUUUUGCUCCUUCUGUGGUUCCAGAUGAAUAUCAGAAGACGAGGUGGUUUGAAAGUGGCUUGAAUCAGAGGAUUCAUAAGCAUAUGGUGUGUCUACAGAUUCAGGAUUUCAUGGAAUUGGUGGGGAAAGCUACAGUGGCAUAUUCAAGUCUGCAAAGGGGUAUAGAGGCAUCAGAACGAAGGAAAAGGUCAGUGUCUCCAUGUUCCCAAAAAAAUGUCAGACAAGGGUCGUGGAGGGGAGAUAGAGAUGCAGCAGGCCAAGGGUCAGAAAGAAGUGAUCGAGGACGAUAG